AUGGAAAUCGUCUCCGAUUUACCAAUGGCCAUGGGAACUGACGAACAACAGGCUGUUCAUCCUUUCUUCCGACAAGAAUUCGGCCUCCCAGUCAAACCUACACCACUGGAAGAACUCUCGACCGCAGACAUCAACACGAAUGACCCCCGGCCUGACAUCCCUUAUAGCGCCACAGACGAGUUGCCGCAGGACCGAAGCAAUGCAGAUACAAGGAUGUAUAAGCCCACCGACGAGGGUCCCAUGACUGGAGACGAGGACCAGAACGAGGGCCGAAGAAAGAGACGACGAAUGAACAAAUCCAAAGCAUCCGAACCCACUGCGACUGCAACUGCUGGUCUCUCCGCAUGGCUUGGUGUGAGCAGUCAUGACAACAAACCUUCCACAGGUGAUCAAUCGAAUGAAGCUCCAAGCAAUUUGCCAACACCUCAGGUUGGGACUCCGCCGGCGGAACCCCUCCUACCAAAUGCCACGCAAACAUCUGUAUCGACUGAAAACGAACAACCGAAAUUUCAGACUGCACGAUCUUCUGCUAGACAGAAAACCUUAAAGCUGAACUCGAAGGGCAGUUUGCUCUCCUCGCCCGCCUCAAGCCCACCACCGGACGCGCAAAAGACACGGAAAGGGAGACCCCGAAAGGCACUAAAGAGCGAUGGUAAAUUGGUAACUUUGAAAUAUGCCCUCAACACAGAAAAGAAUAUGGGCAAGUUGAUUGAUGAUAUCUUAAAUGGGCCUGUCAUUCCAAAAAAGCCGGUGGUUGUUCCUGCUGUUCAGCCUCGCAAGACGAAAAGCCAAAAGCUGAAGCCCACACACCCGUUUUUCAAUAAGAACUCGGCACCAAAUUCGGGCCCUGAAAGCGCAAGCGACGGCCAACAAGCUAUAAAAGGGACGGCAUCCAGCCCAGCGGGGACCCCGGACAGGAGCCGAGUGGUGCCUGCCUCAGAAAGCUCCUUUACCAGGCCUCCUCGCCGUGUGUCAAAGUUCCCAGAACUGGUUCAUCCACUUUGGCCACCUAGAGACUUGGUUCACGUUAGGGACAAUUGCUCGACUUCGGCAACUGAUGACCGUCUCUGCCACGUCUCACAAGAUAGGAAAAAAUCUAAGCUUGCUGCGAUCUCGAUCAGAGACCAAGAAAAUGUGCUUCUAUGCGAUACGGCCGAAGCAAGAAGGAUUGCACGACUGUCCGAGAGUGAAACACGGGAUACCCUACCAAUCCUUCGUCACCCUAUGCGACAUGUUGCUAGCAGCAAGGUGCUGCAGGCAGCAAUGGAACGACAAAUGUCAUGGUCUUCACCCAAUCGCCAAUUCCAUUGGGGGCCUUCGACACCACCUCUCGCCAAAUUGCGAUCUGCUCUUCUUUCUUCCGCCUCAGCCAUCGAUCUUGGAAAAUAUGAAAACCAACUUUGGACCCAAAAGUACGCCCCCAAAUCAGCAGAUGAUGUGCUUCAGCUGGGACGUGAGCCGCAAAUGCUUCGAGACUGGCUAUGCCACCUACGAGUCACAGCAGUCGACACAGGUAAAUCGUCGAAAGAGAACGCUAAAUCCAAAUCAAAACGCGACAAGAAACACAAGAAGCGACGGAAAACCGAUGAACUAGAUGGAUUUGUUGUAUCAAGCGGGGAAGAGGCAUCGGAGAUGGACAAUGUCUCUGGCUCCGAUGAUGAGUUGGCAGGAGACACUCCGUCAAUCCCAAGGACCGUGGUCAGAUCAGGAGACAUGUUCUCAGGAUCACACGGUGCGGAAAAGCCCCAACUCUCCAACGCCAUCCUCAUCAGCGGUCCUGCUGGCUGCGGUAAAACCGCGUCCGUUCACGCCAUAGCCAAAGAGCUUGAUUUCGAGAUCUUCGAAAUCAACGCUGGAAGUCGUCGAAAUGCCCGAGACAUGCUGGAACGGGUUGGAGACAUGACCCAAAACCAUCUGGUUCAUCUUCUCAAUGAAUCGGAUGGCCUCCCGAGCAGCAAGGUGGACAGUAAGCCAAAAAAGCUCAUGAACUUCUUCAAAGGUCCAUCUGCGAAAGCCAAGGAGCCAGCCGGCAACCCUAGCUCACAAACAUCUCAACCCGAGACUGGAUCGAAACAGCCUCGAGAGCAGAAGCAGUCACUCAUUCUUUUGGAAGAAGCGGAUAUUCUGUUUGAAGAAGAUCGCCAGUUCUGGACGGGUGUUUUCACACUUAUCAGCCAAUCCAAAAGACCAAUUAUUAUCACCUGCAACGAUGAGAGCUUGAUCCCAACUCAAGAAAUGUCACUCCAUGCCAUCUUGCGAUACCAAAAACCCUCUCCAGACUUCUGCAUUGAUUACUUGCUUCUCGUUGCCGCCAACGAAGGUCACAUAUUGAAGAGGGAAGCCGUCACAAGACUUUUCCAAGGAUCUGGACUCGACAUUCGCAAGUCACUCAUGGACCUGAAUUUCUGGUGUCAAAUGGGUGUCGGUAGCGAAAAGUCAGGCUUGGAUUGGCUCCUCCCAGCAUGGCCACCUGAGUCAAAUUUGGACCACAAUGGAGAUCGUCUGAGGGUUCUGAGCCUCAAUACCUAUGAACGUUACAUGGGCUGGUUCAAUCGUGACCUAUUCUUGUCCCACAACUCCUUGGAAGGAGAGACCGAAAUUAUUCGCAACUGCUUCCACUGGUGGGGCCUUGGAUUGCAGGAAUCCGAGGACAUGGCCGGGAAGUCCAAGGAUGAAGUCUUGCCUGCUCAAGAUGUCAGGUCAAGCUCCUGGUUGAACCAGCUUGACAUUCUGGGUCGCGAAGCUGAUUACUAUGAUAUGAGAAGCUCGCUCGACAUGCUGUGCUCUAAUUUCACGACAGAGAGCAGCAGUGAUCUUAUUGAUGUAUCCGCCCCGCCUUUACCUGAGGGCUAUAGAUCCAAUUACCUGGACAAUUACCCAGUUCUCCAGACGCAAUUGCGAACCGAAUAUUCCUCGCUCAGCGAAACAAUCAGCACCACUUAUCAAGCAUUGCUAAAUAAGAAUUUCCGCCCGACAGCAAGUGUGGACAUUGAAUCUGCAUACGCCAACCGCCCGUUGAGCAAAACAAUCAUCCGGGCAAAUCCCCCACCCGCCAUUCCGUCCACUCUCCCUCAAUUCCAGCGCAUUUUCGAGUCGAUCAUGCGCGCAAACUACUCUGCACCGACACCCACUGCCCGACACGCCCCAUCCUUCGAGAAUGGAAUCGCGCCCAUCACCGAAGACUUAGCCCCGUACAUCCGUGCGAUCAUGGUCUUUGACGGGCGCUUAAUGCAAUACCGUAAUAGCUUGUUCCAGCUGCAGGAGCCCGGCCCAGGCGAAAAGCGAUCACGGAACACCCGAGCUAGUCGUGCCGCCCUCGAAGGCGGCGACAAGGCUUCGGUCCGUAAAGAUCGCUGGUUCACGGUCGACGCGCCUUAUUACAAGAUCCAGGCUACUGCAGGACCGACAUGGCAGCAAAUUUUGUUCGAUAUGGGAUUCUUCCGUAUCGGACCUACGGUCCAGGCAUCCCUUCAAGGUGAUCAGAUCUCCGGUCCUGAAAUGGACGGGUGA